CUAAACGUCGUUCUCUUACUCGUUUUAGAUAAAAAAAGUGCACAUACAAGUAGGCCUCGACUCUAUUCCGCGCAGUCGUAAAAGUAAAACAUUCGUUUCCCAUACAAAAUAGAAUUAAAGUGAAAAAUAUGAAAAAGGUCGAUCGCUUCCUAAUCAGAGGUUUGAAGAGUCAAGGGCCUAGCGCGACAUUGACGGCCCUGACCGUUUCGACGUGCCCAACUGCUGCAGAGCGACAGCUGAGUUGUGCGUUGGUGGUUUAGAUAUACAUACAUAGUUUAGGAGGGACGAGUGGGGAGAGAUUGGUUGGCUCAUCAGCUGUUUGCGGCGAAAGCAGUCCAGCUGCGCAGCUUACAAAGGCGAGCCUCAGUAAACGCAGAGGCAGAGCGCAGAAGUUGAAUCGGUGUGUGGUAGUGUUGGACUUGAGAAUCUCUCUAUCUCUAUUUUCCUCUCUCCCUCUCACGCUUUCGCUUUUCCAGCGAACAGUUGACAUGGCCGCUGCCUAGUAUAUAGUGUCGAAAAGUGCGACGCAGUGUACGUGCGAGAGAGGGAGAUAGCAGCGCUGCCAGACAAAGAGAGCGAGUUUAACAACGCGCCAGAGAACUGGCGAAGCGAGGCAGUCCCCGAGCGUCAGUAGCUUACAAACAAACAACGCAGUUACAACUCUCUUUCGCACGCAGCACAACUUCUUCGAUGUCGUGUCUUCUGUCGCUAUAAGAAAAAAUAACGACGCAGAGUGUAGUGCGCGUCUGCGUGUUUGUGUACGUGCGUCGUUGAAAACCUUUGCUGAACAACAGCAACAAGAAUCAUCAAGGCCAGGAUGUUGGAACUCGAGGUCGUACCCGAGAGAUCACUCGGCUGCGACCACUGGGAGUUCAUUUUAGGCAUGCAUUUUUCCCAGUCUGUAUCAAUAAUACAGUCGCAAGUGGGCAUUAUCAGAGGAGUACAAGUACUAUAUAGUGAUACGAAUCCAUUAGAAGUAGAUCUAGUUAUUAAUUUACCUCACGAUGGGGUUCGGCUCAUAUUUGAUCCAGUUGUACAAAGGCUUAAGAUUAUUGAAAUAUAUAACAUGAAGCUAGUUAAACUUAAAUACUGUGGGUUGCCAUUUAAUUCUCCAGAGGUCUUGCCAUCUAUCGAACAGAUUGAGCAUUCAUUUGGAGCAACUCACCCAGGUGUUUAUGAUAGUGAUAAACAUGUUUUUGUGUUAAACUUUAGAGGAUUAGCUUUCUAUUUCGCAAUCGACUCUGAAUUUCAACCACGAUAUGCUCAUGGCUUGGGUUCGUUACAAUUCAAAAAUGGAUCUUCACCACUUGUGGUCAAAACAGCUAUUUACAUGGGAAAUAUGACACCUGGAGGUGGUUCAAAUGGUGAGGAACGCUGUCUAAAAGAUCCACCACCACCUCUGCCUUUGGUCUGUUAUCAUAACAAUCUCUAUUUGGAAAAUGCUGAAGUGAUAAGAGAUAAAUCUAGGACUACAGGAAUCAGAAUGCAUCUAUUUAUGGAAGGUAGUUCAGGAAGUCGAUUAGUUCUUGAACCUAAAAGACACAAUUUAACAAAAGAGGUGUGGUUUGGUGAUACCUGCGAAGAUGUUUUAAGUGCUCUUGGGGCACCUUCUCGAGUAUUUUUUAAAGCUGAAGAUAAGAUGCGAAUUCAUAGUCCACAUGCUCAUAAAAGGGACAAAAUUAGACGGUCGGAUUUCUUCUACAAUUACUUUACUCUUGGUUUGGAUAUUUUGUUUGAUGCAAGAACACAGUGUGUGAAGAAAUUUGUACUGCAUACCAAUUAUCCUGGACACUAUAAUUUCAAUAUGUAUCAUAGAUGUGAAUUCGCACUUACUUUACCUGCAGAAAAUUUCAAAACAGAUUCUGGAAAUCUCAUAGAUGUUUCUCCAGCUCAAGUGACUAUAACUGCCUAUACAAAGUGGGAUCGAGUGAGCGAGCAGUUAAAGGCAUCAUCGCGUCCAGUGGUUCUAAACCGUGCAAGCUCGACAAACACGACCAAUCCGUUCGGCUGCACCUUCUGCUACGGUAUCCGUGACGCCAUAGUCGAGGUGAUGGCUAAUCAUCACAUCGCUAGUGUCACCCUUUACACUACAAGCGCGUGACCCUGGUAAAAUCAAGGUGGUUGCACAUCUUAAAUCAAACAUACAACAAAUGUCAUAAAAAAAGAGAAAAAAGUGACCGCCGAAAUGAUUUGAAUACAAUGUUUCGUAAAAGCUCUGAGCAGUAACAGCAGUGCAAAGAGCGCCAAAAAAAUUUAAACAUGCUGCGUAAAUCCCGUAAAAAAAUUAUAAAACAAUUUGAACGAGAGAUACAUGGCGUAAAAGUAAAUGCUUGACUUGGGACGAGGUGAACGUCGAAUCGACGUUUGGUACUGUCCGUUAUAAUAGUCGAGCAGAUUGAGAACAACUUUUGACAGUCGUAGUGAGAGAGCGUUCAAGUAAAAAAAUUACAAAAAAAUAUCUAACUUGUAAGGAUUAUGAGUAUUUAAGGCAAGCUGAUUAUUAUUAUAAGGAGCACAUGCGUAUUGUGUAAAGUUCGAGUUCUAAGUGUCAUAGAUAUGCCAUGGUUGUUGUUUGUGUCUUGAUCGGUUACUGAUGUUUUUAUUUUAGUUCUUUCGACGACGUUUGACACUUGUGCUUUGAAAAUUUUAGGCAUCACAUCUGGAGCCGUUGCGCGAAUUUUAAAUUCGUACGAAAGAGCUCUUGCUGCAAUUUUAUUCAAUGAAAUUCGUCACUCAUGGUGUGUACGUGAUUCAAAUCAUAAAAUAUAUCGUCGAGUGACGAAAAGUUUUAGUUGUAUUUUUUUAUUCUCUGAUACGGGUUUCUAAGACCUAAAAUUUUUCUUUAGCGCUUGUGUUGAAUUAUGUAAACGUUUAGUAAACAUGAAACCAGUCAAUCUUUUUUUGAUAUGUGCAAAACAAUACACACACAUUCACGACUCAUUAAAGAUAAUAAAGAAUAAGAUAAGUCUUUUUGUAUGAUGUACUGAAGUUGGCUAUGUCUGUGACCGAAGUAAGCGGUAAUCAAUUUUUCUUUUUGUUACUUAAAAAACAAAAAUCAACAUUGGCAAUAUUGUUGAGUAGAAAGUCAGUUAUAAUGGAGAUAGGCAAAAUGCAAACCUUAAGUGAUAACUUGUUAUUUUUUUCGUAAUGUGUAAAGUAUAAAUUCGAUAUACAUAAACAAUAAAUUAAUCUGAUGCGAUUCCGAUUCAUAAGUUUACCAAAAAAAAAAAAACAAACUCGAGGAUGUCAAAAAAGAGCUAAAUAUUUUUAUAUGAAAAAAAUAGCACUAACAAAAUUUUUUUAAUUCAACUUGUUAUAGAUGUAUUAACUAAUUACAACAAUAAUAAUAACUACAAUAAUAAUAAUAUUAAUAAUAGUAAUUAAUAAUAAUGAUAAUUAACGAAUGAUUGCGAGUGAGAGAAUCUUUUAGAAUAAUUACUAAGCAAAAGCAAGUAAAAUGUCGAUGAAAUUCGUAGAAAUUAUUUUGUGAUAAAACUUGUGGGUCGGAAUCGCAGUUACCUUUCUAUGUGCAACGCAAUGGAAUUAGGUAUGCGAAAAUUUUAAGAUACUAUAUCGAGCGUACAUUUGAUUUCGAGAACUCCGGUAAAAUGAAAACGAAACAAAAUUUGACAUCACAACGAGACAAUAAUUAUUUCACGCAGCAUAACAUAACAGAUCAAUAUAUUAAAGGUUCCGAAUUUUCGGUGAUGUAAGAUAAUAUGUGUUAUUGCGCACACAUUAUCUUUCUCUGUACCUUUCUUUUUUUUUGUUUUCUUUUUUAUUCGGGGAAGCUAGUGUUCAUUUGUAAUACAAGAUUGAGAUUUUGUUAAUUUUAACCUGCUAUUGUUUAUCGUUUUAUUUACUUUAAUUUACGAGGAUAUCUUUUUUGUUAGUUUAUGUCCUGCUUUUCUCCUCGCCAAAACAAGCAUUGUUAACAAAAUGACUUUUUUUAUCUUAUAAUUGUCGGAUUGCCGAAAUUAACCAAAAAAGAAGUAACACUGAAGUGUAAAAUAAAAAAAUUGUCUCAACGUAUAAA